AUUACUAAUUUACACUUCGAGCACACAGUUUACAGAGUCGCAAAGGCCUAUCAACAAAUAUCUCUUCACGCUUCUUAGCUCCCUCCUUCUCCCUUUCUUUCUCUCUUUGUGUAUUUCUGUCUCUUUUUCUCUGUGUAGGUGGUUUCAUUUGGCUAUGUUUUUCUGGGGGCCACGCCUUUAGUACUUUAUGCAAAUCCUUAAUAUCUUCGAAUCUCGAUGUUUCUUGAUCUGGGUAUCAAGUGUUUCUUCUUUAGAUCAUUAUUUUAGACUUUAAAAAUCUUUACUUUUGUCCAUCAGCAGGGAAGAAUCCAACUGGUUCUUGGUCUUUUUUCAGUUUUGUUUGUUUUCUUAACAGAUUCAGAGUAAUGGGUCUCUUGUUGAGGAUGCAAAUAAGCUUUUUCCAAAACCAGAAAUAUUCUUUGUCCGUAUGAGUUGUUCUUUCACGUUAUUGUAAAGUUAUGGGUAGAGGUAGAGGAAAGGGAAAAAAAUUGACUGUUAGCAAUCAUGAGGAUCCUGGAAGUGGUGAGGAAGAGAAAAUUCCUGCACAAAAGAGAAGAGGAAGGCCUCAAAAACCAUUGAAGGAUGAUAUUGAUGAAGAAGAAGUUGAAAAAAUAGAGGAGGAAGAUGGAGAGAAUGGAAAAACAGGGAUUACAAGCAAAGAGAUAAAAAGUCCAAUAGCAGCAGAAAAUGGAAAGAAAAGGAAGCGAUACUCACAAGCAAAGGAGAAGCCUGAUUCAGUUAAGGAAGAAAAUGGUGUUACUACCAGAUCAAGUACUGAUGAUUCCACUAAAUCAAAUGGAUUCCGGCAUAACGGAAGCAGGCGGAAAAACAAGCCUCGACGAGCUGCUGAGGCAGGUGUUGAAUGCAAAUGAUGAUUGGCAUGACUUUACGUGGGUCAUUUAUGAUGGGUCUCUUGUUUUGACUUGCUGGAUGAAUUACAAGAUUGGACGUGAGGCCUAGUAAAUCUCUAGUUCCACAUUGUUUUUUGGUUUAUUAUUUUGAAGAUCUUUUUGGCAACUUUCAAUUGUUAAUUCCUUUUCAUUUUCAUUGGGAGUUUUGAAACGUAUUUGCUGCCUGUAAUUUUUGAUAAUAUUAUUAUGUUUUAUAUUAUCACUAAUAUUUCAUAUCAAGUGAUUUACAUAA